AUAAUCGAUUGUACAAUAGUUACAUCGUCAGUCAGUGAAGUUUAACAUAGUAUACAUUAUCAUCAUGAAAAUGUCUGUAAUAAAGGGUAUAUUAUAUUUUCGUCUCGCUGUGGGUAAUUAUUGGGAGUGUAGUUCAUCAAAAAUUGUUCAGUUUUUAUGUAAAUGUUAUUGUUUUGUCUAUAUAAGCGUAACUACUUAUGUUUACUUUUCAAUAGGGUUUAAACCGGGUAGUCUAAAAGCUUUGUAUGAUGUUACUUUGUUUUCUUUCCUUAUUAUAAACGGAGGUCUUGCUAUUUGGAAUAAACAAGAGUAUUUUAUAAGAUUUUAUUCCGGUAUCAGGACCCUAGACAAUAUUAUUCAUUUCACAAAACCUAAAUCAGCGUGGCUAGUGGUUUACCUUACUUUGAUAGUCAUUAAAAGUGCUGGUAAUUUCACUAUGUUUUUGGACUUGGAAUUUAUUCCAACUCUUGCAAUUCAAAUGGCGGAAAUUUCGAAAACUGUAUCGAACUUGCCUUCAGUUAUGAUAUAUGAGAUGUUGUGGUCACGAAUGGCAUUUUUACGGAAAUGGCUGGAUUCAAAGUUAAUUCAUGGAAAUCUUGAUGAAAAGCAGUUUUGUCUAAGGAAGUUCUUACAUCUGUACAAAACUUUGCUUGAUAAUAUUACAAAAGUAUAUAAGAUACUGGCUUUACAGGCAUUCAUAGAGCUGGUUUACCAUUUUACGAAAUUAUUAUUUGAUAUACAUGCCUCCAUAGUGAUGAUGGUGAAAUUAAGAAUAUCGCUGUCGAUUUUCGUGACCUCGCUGCUAGAUUUUGUGCUCAUGAUAAUUGGUCCACUAUUUCUUGAGCUGACACUUCAUGAGUACGACAAGCUGAUGUCUUUGAUUAGCACAGAGUUAAUACAGUGCAAAGAUAGAACCUAUCGUGAGCAGAUUCUCACCACAUUGGAGUACUUAGAAGUUCGACCCCCUCGCUUCACAGUAUGGCGGAUUAUUUCUAUGAAUUUGAAACUAGUGGUAACAGUUGUACAACUACUUGCGACUUAUAUUAUUGUACUGCUUUCAUUCCAAUUUUGAAUUAACAUAGAAAUUAUCAAUACUAGACUAUACCUUUAAUUAAUAGUUUUAUUUUAAACUUUAGAGGUGUUUUAAAUAGUUGUAAUUAACAUUGUAAUUGUGUGUUUUUAGUAUUACUAGAAAGACGUAAUAAUUCACCUUCUUUUUAAUUCCGCUAUGGAUGGAGAUUUUAAAUGGCGCGUUCAAAUAUUGUUAUACUGAUAUUCACUUGAAAUUAAGCACAUUAUGAUUCUAAAUGAACCCGAUAUUUGUUUGUG